CUGCUUUCUGUGUAGCUAUGACAGAAAAGAGUAAUUUCUGGGACGGACAUUCUCACUGUCCCAGGAGAGGCUUUAUGGAGGAUCUACGGAGACUGUGAGGUUCCUAUUCUUGCUUGAAUGGGUCUGUCCAGUGUGCUUGCCUGCCUGCCCCCCUCCAUAUAUACACACACGUGUGUGUGUCUGGUCAGAGAAAUAAAUUCGUUGACUGCCAACAUGAUAUGCACUAGCCUUGGCAAACAUGAAGAUUUCAAUUUAAUAUAUUUUCCCUUCUUAGUGCUUACAGAAACUAGGAAUAUAAUGUUUUCUGACUCCUAGCAGAGAAAUCAAAUUCUCUAAUAGCUGUGACAAUUAUUAGAUCAAGAAUCUGGGUCAAAGCAUAACAACAAUAGGAGUAAAAAGCUACAAGCUCCAACAUUGUAUGGGACAUGGAAGAACAACAGAUAAUUAUAAAUGUAAAUAUUUAUCAACAUCUGAAAAAUGAUUAUUUUAUUUUAAAUAGUAACUUGUUUGAAAUCACUGCCAUCUAAUGAUUUUAAGAAAAAUUAUGUGAACACAAUAUUUUUCAACCAUGAGUUUUUGAGAAAAUAAUUCCCUUUUUAGUCUUUGAUUCCUGAGUUUUCAUUUUCACCUAUGAAUCAUUCCCCUGAAGAAAUGUGUGGGAAAUGACAAAUUUUGUCCAAGAAUGAGCCUUCUUUCUAUGCAAAGGAAAAACUUUCCCCAGUGGGACUCAUCAAGGUACUGGCACAAAGCUUCCUGGAAAGCUUCAAGGUGCCUGGGCUUUGUGGAAGCUGAUCUUAGGUCAGUCAUUUUCCGAUUUUUUUUCCCUCUUUGGGAAAAGGGAAGUCAAGGAAAAUAUUGAAAAGUAAGGAAGAGAUUAAGAAAGUCGUUUACGGAUUCCUAUGGGAGCAUAGCCAUUUGCCACUCCCCCAGUUAAGUCCUGAACCCCAUCAGCCUGUAUUGGUCAGGGUUUUAUAGAAUUGACAAACAGCCUUCUGAAAUCAAACCAAAUCAUGUAAAUAGUCUUUCUUCAACCUCCACAGAAUUGAGGAUUCUUAAAGCUAAUUCAAGGGAUUUUACAAGCCCAACAAACACAGUCAUAAAAAUGCCAUUGGACCGAUAUCACAUUUUUCAAAACGAGAUUGAUCCCUGUGCUGUAAAAGGCAACUAUCUUGAAGGCACACCUCUCAAGCAAGAGAGAGUGGUCAAGAACUGGCUUUUCAUGUCCUGUCUGGUGACUGCCAGGCUUUGUACAGCGGUAAAAGCAAUUCAGGAUUUCUGGAGUGGGUGAGACAACUAUUCUGGGUUCUGGAGCUACUGCUUGUGGCAGCUCCCGGAGUAGUCUCAGGAACGACAGAAAAGAGGGUACAUCCCACACAGUGUGAGCUACUGAGGCCCCUGAAACCAAGUCCAUUAAUUAUCCCCUGUCCUUAGGCCCCACCGGGCUGCUCUCUGUCCUGCUUGGCCAGGGGCCCUAUAUCUCCUGUGCCUCUGGAAUGAAGAGGGAGCAAGUCCCCAUCUGGAUUUGUAUCUGUCUCAGCUCUGAGCUGUACGAAAGUGGGAGUCCCCCAUGCUGGCUGAGGGGAGCAGGUUCCACCUCUGGAUUCAGAUCCCAGUCUUGGAGCCAUUCCUCUAUGGUUCUUUCUUGUGGAAACAGUGGUUUCUGUCUCUCCAUUCCCGGGGUUCAAAGACGGGAUGGGAAUGGGCAGUUGCUGGUGGUCCUUGCUUUGAGAUCAAGAAGGCAAGGUUCAUUGCAUAAGAGCUCAUCAACACUCAAGACGUGUUGUGUGUAGGAGGAAGAGCUUAAGUUUGGCCUUGUGCUGAGUAGCUGUGAAGUAAGCUUUCCGCCCUUGGUUGCAAGGCCCAGACCUCUGGUAAGAGUGAGAAGGAAAGAAUAAGGGAUUGCAUCGGUACAGGAGUGAAGAGCAGACAGUGAAGGCCUGGCUUCUCAGAGCCCCUUGUCUAGCUCAAGAACCCACACGCAGAGUAGGGGAGCGCAAGGGAGGGGCAACUCUGGUCCAUGCCUGGAGUGCAGGCCAGCAGGGAGCAAAGCCAUCCUUGUCGCCGCCCCUCCUGGCGCGGGGUUGUCAGGUUUCCUGUUUGGAGGAAAAACCUAGCAAAAUCGAACCAGGCAAAAUGAGGAGGAGGAAAGAGAGAACCUGGCUGGGCCUUCCCGCGGCCUGGACGCUAGUUUCCCCUACCCGGGUCUGAUCUGCACAUCCCUGCCCCGGGUGCCCGCCGCUGACGUUCGGGAAAAGGAGCUGGGCCGGCUGGCUGUGCGCGCCCAUUAAUCUGCCGGGCGGGCGGCGGGCGGGCGGGCUGGGGGCUGUUUGUAACUUUGCUGCCUCGGUCGCCGCGGUCCCCGGGGAGCGGGCUCCGGCGCUCGCUCCCAUUGGCCGCCGCCGCGUCAGCUGGUGCGAUUUGCUGCUGUCGCUUUUGGCGUUCGGCCAUCCAGAAACAAACCAGUUCGAUGACUACUAAUAGUUAUAGCCAGAUGUACUAAUACACAACAAAUCACAGUCCUGCAGAGGGGCGCGCAAAUGAGUUCCUAUUUUGUGAAUCCCACUUUCCCCGGGAGCUUGCCCAGCGGCCAGGACUCCUUCUUGGGCCAGCUGCCCCUCUACCCAGCCGGCUAUGACGCGCUGAGGCCCUUCCCGGCCUCGUAUGGGGCGUCGAGCCUCCCGGACAAGACAUACACCUCACCUUGUUUCUACCAACAGUCCAACUCGGUCCUGGCCUGCAACCGGGCAUCCUACGAGUACGGGGCCUCGUGUUUCUAUUCUGAUAAGGACCUCAGUGGCGCCUCGCCCUCGGGCAGUGGCAAGCAGAGGGGCCCCGGGGACUACCUGCACUUUUCUCCCGAGCAGCAGUACAAACCCGACAGCAGCAGCGUGCAGGGCAAAGCCCUCCAUGACGAAGGCACCGACCGGAAGUACACGAGCCCUGUUUACCCUUGGAUGCAGCGGAUGAACUCCUGCGCUGGUGCUGUCUAUGGAAGCCACGGGCGCCGAGGCCGCCAGACCUACACGCGCUACCAGACGCUGGAGCUGGAGAAGGAGUUCCACUUCAACCGCUACCUGACGCGGCGGCGCCGCAUUGAGAUUGCCAACGCGCUCUGCCUCACUGAGCGCCAGAUCAAGAUCUGGUUCCAGAACCGCCGUAUGAAGUGGAAAAAGGAAAAUAAACUCAUCAAUUCCACACAGCCCAGCGGGGAGGACUCUGAGGCAAAAGCGGGCGAGUAGACGCCUAGGCAGAAACCAGGCUACGUGUGCCGCCUGGUCAUUCAAAUUGUCAAUUUUAGGUCCAGAAGUGUCCAAACCACAACUUCUCAAAACUCUGAAAAAUGGCUCCCUCCGAGUUAAGCAAUUCUGAAAGGCAUUCUCUGGGAAAA